ACGGUUUCUACUGCUCCUACAGUUUUGCUUCAGUACUGCAAUUUAACUGACGCCCAUCCCAGAAAGACAAUUUCCAUUGACGGCCACAUAGAGAAGUCAGAUUUGAAAAGUUCUAAUAACACACUUUAGUCAUCAACUUUGUGCACAAAUCAUCCAUUAAAUUAUUAAAAUAAUGGUCGCUGAGGAUUAUUAUUUUUUCAUCACUCACAACGAAGAUAUUAACAUUUUCUACUCAUCCAAUCAAUGUCUGUCAUGUUUUUGGAUGACGUGAUGAUGUCGUCGCUGCUUGCCCUGCUCCUUGUGCGCACUGAGUGCUUUAUUUUUUAUUUUAUAGAGAAUCUCAAAGACACUGUAAAAACAAACAAAACAAAUGUAAAGAUCUGGCAGGUCUUGGGUGAUGGUCUUCCACAGAUUCAGAUGAUAAGGUGUUGUUCAGACAGGCAGUUCAGAAAGGCUGGGCAGUAGUUUAAGUGGAUGGAGCUUUGAUGGCACAGAGAAGGAGCACCAGUCAGUUACUUAGACAAGCCCGGAGCUCUUCAUCAGGCACCUCGUUCGUUGUCUCCUCCUCCUCCUCUGUAGGUAGGCUGGAUAGUCCACUACUGAAGUGUAGCACCCACCUGGGUGAUGCUUGGCAGCUAUAAACGCCAGAAAGACCACCACACCUCGGCAGUAGUUAGGAAACAGUUCUCUAUGAGGCGGGCCUCUCUCAAGUUUCACAUGUUUUAUGUCAUGUGCACAAGUACACUGAAAUGCCUUUCUUGCAAGCUCCAAACCCAACAAUACAGUAAUCAACUCCUCACACUGCAGUCAAACUGCAGUCCAUAUAAUUGAUGCAACCAGCACAGGUGGAAAAAAGCUUGUGCUGUAUUGAUGCAUCAUUCAAAUUAUUGAAUAGCCAGCUACAUAACUACCUAGCCAAGCCAAAAACAAACUGUCUUGCAAUUAGUCCAGCAACUCAAUUGGUCAAAACCACCCAAUAUUCAGAAACAUUCAAGCAGUCAUAAAAACAAAUAGUUGCUUAAAAAUGCAAUCAAAAUACUUAAAACAACAAAACAUUUACAAAAGUACAGGAGCCCUCUGCCUAGUCUUCCUCACCGCGCCAUGGCAACAACAGAACCAGUGCACAUGUGAUGUUGGUCCAUAUACAUUUAUGCGAAGACCUAAGGCGACCUUGAGUGGAUUACCUUGAAAAACCGGUCGGACAUUUUUGCAAGGAGUCUCCAGUUCUUAUUACACUUCAAUGGUUGGCCCUGCCACCUGGACAUUUCUGUUUGUUUUUAUCUCGUCACUGCCGGUUGAGUGACGUUUGCUUUUUUCACUCGCGAGUCAUUGGAUCAAAAGGCAUCCCAGCCUCCCAGCCUCCCCACCUCAGCGCUGGCAUUCAUUCGCUCACACAGCAAGCCGCGGAGUAAUAUUUUCCUUCAACUUGUGCUGGAUUUCAUUCAAUGCAGUUUUCAUCUCGAAAGUUGGUAGUCAUGGUGACAGUCUCUUGAUGUCGGAAUGCUAAGUGAUGUUCCUGGUGACCUCUGUGGUUUCUACGGAGACUAGACGAUUGUGAGCAGAACUGCCAAGUCACAGGAAGAUGACAUCAAUGUCCCCUACCCACAGUGACAGCAGCGCCAGCUCGUCCAAACAUGACAGCCAUCAGGACAGCUGGGAGAUCAUUGAGGGCCUGAAGGGUAACCCUGGCAACAUCCAGGAGCCAGAGAAACAGGAGGGAUUCUUGCUCAAGAGGAGGAAAUGGCCCAUGAAAGGAUGGCAAAAGAGAUACUUCUUGCUGGAAAAAGGCAUUCUGAAGUACUCAAAACGUGGAGCUGAUCUGAAGAAGGGCAAGCUGCAUGGCUGCAUUGAUGUGGGGCUGUCUGUCAUGUCAAUCAAGAAGAAAACCAAGGCCAUCGAUCUGGACACCAACAACAACAUUUAUCACCUCAAGGUGAAGUCUGAGAAGUCUCAGGAAGUGAAGUCACAGCAGCUGUUUGAUGAUUGGGUGUCGAAGCUGCGACAUCACCGCGUCUUCCGUCAGAACGAGAUUGCGAUGUACCCCCACGAGAGGCUUCUGUUCCACCCCUCCUCACACCUCUCUCCCAACCUCAACGACUCCAUGAGACAGUGCCGCUCCAGUCUGGCUAAGCAGGCGUCUGUUGUCCAGCAGGCUAAGGUCUCUGCCUGGCUCCACUCCUCAGAAGACAUGGAUAGGUGCUGCAGAGAUUUAGAGGAGUGUGAGUCUUACCUGUUGGAACUCAACCUGUUGCUGAAGAGUAUGGAGGUUCUCCACCGCACUUACUCUGCCCCCUCCAUCAGCCUCAUGGCCUCAACAUACGACAUUCCCAAGAAGGAGAAGAAGGGUCCCAGGAAAUGGCGUUCAAAAAAUUACAACAAAGAUGCCAAAAAAGAUAUCAUAGCCACACUACAGGUUCCUGGCUGUGUCUCACCACCUGCCUCUCCUCAUCUCCAUACCUCCCAUCCAAACCUCUCUACUGCUGAAGCCAACAUCCAGGAGGCCUUUGCCUUCCUGGAAUCCCCAGACUCACCUACUGAUGCCAACCGCCUCCAGGAGGACUUCUGCAGGCUGGCUAACAACAUUCACUCCACUCUGCGGUCAGCCUACAGUUCUCUAUCAGCAGAGAGGGACAGAGUGAGACACACUAUUGACCUGAAGGCCCCUCCUCCAGCACAGGUCAUGAGCCUCAAGACCGGCUAUGGCUCGGUGAGUAAGGAUCUCCCAGAUGGAUCCCGCCCCCUUGUCCACCAGGUGUCCAAUGAGAGUCGAGCGUCCAUCCCUGAGUCCAUGUCAGAGUUCUUUGAUGCUCAGGAGUACCAACUGACCUCCAGCUCCUCUGAGAACGAGGCCUCCGAUGAUGACUCAUAUAUCAGCGAUGUCAGCGACAGCGUUUCCAUGGACAAUGGCUACAGCAACGAGGGAGGACGCGAGAGACAUGACUCAGCAGGCUCAGGAGGAAGUGGUGUUCAGGUGGCCCGCAGGCGGACUACCCUCCCCUCCCCCCAGCCCAGCAGCAGCAGUGUCAGUCUAUGGAACAUCCUCAAGAACAACAUAGGGAAGGACCUGUCCAAGGUAGCCAUGCCUGUUCAGCUCAAUGAGCCUCUCAACACACUACAGAGGCUGUGUGAGGAGGUGGAGUACUCCGAGCUGCUGGAUACAGCCAACAACACACAGGACCCGUACCAGAGAAUGGUGUAUGUGGCGACGUUUGCGGUGUCUGCGUACGCCUCCAGUUACCACCGGGCAGGAAGUAAACCCUUUAACCCCAUCCUGGGAGAGACAUACGAGUGUGACAGACCUGACAAGGGCUUCCGGUUCAUAGCAGAACAGGUGAGCCAUCACCCACCUGUGUCAGCAUGUCACUGUGACUCUAAGAACUUCACUUUUUGGCAAGAUGUCCAGUGGAAGAAUAAGUUCUGGGGGAAAUCCAUGGAGAUUGUUCGCAUGGGAACCACUCAUGUGACCCUGCCAGCGUUUGGGGACCACUAUGAGUGGAACAAGGUAACUUCCUGCAUCCACAACAUCCUGAGUGGCCAGCGCUGGAUAGAACACUACGGAGAGAUGUCAAUCAAAAACACCAGCAGUGAUGCCUGCCAGUGUAAAGUGACCUUCAUCAAGGCGAGAUCGUGGAGCUCAACGGUUAACGAGAUAGAGGGAGUGCUCACGGACACAGGGGGGCGUGUCAUCCACUCCUUCUUUGGCAAAUGGCAUGAGGGCGUGUACCAAGGAGACCCACCUUCUGCUAUCUGCAUCUGGAGAGCAAACCCCAUGCCUGUGGACCAGGACCAGUACUAUGGCUUCACUCAGUUUGCUGUGGAGCUGAAUGAGCUUGACGCUGCCCUGAAGCCCCUCCUACCCCCCACAGACACACGCUUCCGUCUCGACCAGAGAUGUUUGGAAGAAGGGAACAUUGAGGGGGCUGAGGAGCAGAAACGGAGGAUAGAGCAGCUCCAGAGAGAGAGGAGGAAAGUUCUGGAGGAGAACAACGUGACACACAAACCACGCUUCUUCAAGAAAUCAAAGGAUGACACGUGGCUGAGCUCCAAUAUAUACUGGGAGCAGCGGAAGAACCCCGGGUUCAGCAGAGAGGACUUCCCUGUGCUGUGGUGACCUCUGACCUUACCUAUAACCCUGUGACCCCACGGGAGCACAGAUCUAGGGUCAGAUUAUUCUCACCCACAACAAACCUUAACCAAUACAGGGAAAACUAAAAACUGACCUUAGGUCAGCACUUGGAGACAACACUCUGACCCGGUGACUAUGGACCGCCGAGUGUCAGGGCCCACGGCUGAAUAUGGGCUUCCUGCUUCUGUAGGCGGAGACGGAGCUAACCUAAGACAGAGCUUUCACUUGACUCUGUGUUUAAAAGAAAAGAGCGCUUCCUUUUUUGUUUUGUUUUUGUCAUUACUUUAGUCUAUCAGGUACAGGGUAUCUUCUUUCAAUGUUAUCCUUUUCUCUGGAUAUUUGUCAAAUGUAUAUUUUAUGCUGUCACUGUAGUUCGGAUGCAGUCCAGACACCAAAGUGUCUUAAUAAAGCAAUAAGGUCCGAGGAGGUGUGGUAUAUGGUCAAUAUACCACGGCUAUGCGGAGUGCCUGGAUACAGCCAUAAGCCGUGGUAUA